AUGCUGGCCGCCAACUGCUCGGUGCAGAGCCGCGCGGUGGAGGCGACCGUAGCCACGCUGCUGGCGCUGGAGUGCGGCCUGGGCCUGCUGGGCAACAGCGUGGCGCUCUGGACCUUCGCGUUCCGCCUCAAGGUGUGGAAGCCCUACGCCGUGUACCUGCUCAACCUGGUCACCGCCGACCUCCUCAUCGCCGUCUGCCUGCCCUUCCACGCCGCCUUCUACCUGGGCCGCAAGACGUGGCGCCUCGGACCCGCGUCCUGCCGAAGCCUGCUCUUCCUGCGGGUGCUCGGCCGCGGGGUGGGCGUCGCCUUCCUCACGGCCGUGGCUGUGGACCGUUACUUCCGCGUGGUCCACCCCCGGCUGAAGGUCAACCUGCUGUCCCCGCGGGCGGCCUGGGGCGUCUCGGGCUGCGUCUGGCUCCUACUUCUCGGCCUCACGCACCAGAGCCUGUUGGUGCCCGCGGCCGCGUGUCCCGGCCUGGAGCCCGGGGCCGAGCUCUCCUUCAGCGCCGCCUGGCAGGAAGCGCUGAUCUUCGCGCAGGUCGUUCUUCCCUUCGGCCUCAUCCUGUUCUGCAACGUCAGGGUCAUCAGGACGCUGCGGCGGCGGCUCCGGGACCCCGGCGGGCAGCCCAAGCUGCAGAGGGCCCGGGCGCUGGUGACCGUGGUCGUGGUCCUCUUCGCCGCGUGCUUCCUGCCCAGCUUGCUGGCCCGGGUCCUGGUGGCCGUCUUCCGAGCGGCGGGCGGCUGCAGGGCCCUGGGGGUGAUGGUGCACGUGUCCGACGUGAGCAACAGCCUCGCGUACCUGCAGAGCGUGCUGAACCCCGCGGUGUACUGCUUCUCCAACCCCGCGUUCAGGCACUCCUACCGCAAGGUCUUCAACACCCUCAGGGGCCGAGGGCGGGAGGCCGAGGCCCCGGGUGACAUCAAAGACUCCUACUCCUGAGGCGGCCAGCUCGGCGGCCCGCGGUCUGGGCCAGAACGACCACCGCCAAGGGCUCCGGAGAGAGGACGUGCCCAGGCUGCGCUGCAAGGGUGUGGACCCAGACCCGGGCACAGCGCGGGAAUGUCCUCAUGGGCGUGUUUUCUGCAGCUAUUGUACGUGAUCGGACCGCAGGCCACCCAGCCAGGGCCUCUGCACCCACGACCACGCAGGCUACCCGGCGGCCCUGGAAACACGCAGCGGCCGGGCACCCACCCCCGGGGGAAGGCGCUCUCGGGGGUCCGUGAGGGGCAUCGUCCCUGCACUCCCCGCUCCUGGUGAGUCUUCUGCUGUCUCUCUGCCUCAGCUGCGAAUGCACAAGGUCAGCUCUCUUCCCUCUUGCACAGACUUAUGGUAACUGAUUCGGGAAAGCGGGACGUGGGGCUGCUCGGCCAGGUCCCGGGCUGUGGGCACCUUACGUGCCCCGUGCUCAGCCCCCCCGGCACGUAAUGUUCGCUACAUUUGCACAGAUGGUGCCUUAUGUCCAAGACCGCACGGCUCCCCAGUGUAUCAUAAGA